CGUUCCUUAAGAACCUUUUAGCUGCAAAUAAAAAUGCCAUGUACUUUUCUGCAUUCCUGUUCGUUUCUUACUGUUUCUACAUUUCAGAGGAUGUUUUCCUUGCACUGGAAUAUUACUGGCACUGCUACACUGGAAUAAGUUUUUUGCUUUUGUUCUGCCCUCCCAUAUCCAUACAUGAAUUGCCUUAAAAAUUAUGUAGAAAAUCUUUCAUCCUUUUCAUUGGAAUCAGGCUUAUUCUUUAUGAGGCUAGAAAAUUCACCAUAUAGGUGCCUUGGAAUAUAUUUCUACAAGUAUUGGGUGUGCUGAUAAUUGAGGGUAGUUGCUAAGCAUGUUAAGAAGAUGAAAAAUAGCCUGACUUAUUGACAAAUGUCCUAUACAUACAUUAUUGUAGAGAACAAUUGUUUUUUUCUUUUUUUCCCUCCUUGCACUUAUACAUUAUUGAAGAGAACAAUUACUUAGCUACUUCAGUGUGGAAGGUGUUGAUGGACUGUUUGGUAGGGUUGAGUGCUUUGCCUUUUAGACUACCAUUGCUUUAAGCCUUACCCUUACCCCUGUUCCCCUGCAUAAGUCAUUUUAGGCUUGUUAACAGGAUUUUUUUUAGAAAUAGGAUCACCCAGCUUUUGUAGAAAGCAAGAAGAUGUUUUUGUACAAUAAGAUGUUAACAAGAUAUUAGAAAGUAGAUCCAAUGUUUUUAUUGCUGUUCAUUUAGACCCACAUUGGAAAAGAUUCAUUAUUGUUGAGAGUAAUAGGUUUGGAGAAGAGUUGAUAAGGCCAACAUGCUUUAUAUUUUGGAAGAGAGAACCAUCAUGUGGUUAAUGUGUAAAAAAUCUGAGCCCAAAUAAUCACAAAAGGUAAGGAUCAAACUAGCUCGGCAUGCUUUUGCCGGGAAAUGGCACUGCACCUUCUUGUUUCCACUUUGUUUCCACUUGGGGGAACCCGAACUUAGAGUUGCUUGGCACUCGGAUCUCGAGUGGAGAUUUUGGAGUUUACGUCCUUCUAGAAGAAAUAAUGCAUAAGCUUGCCAUCACGACGAAAUGCAUCAAGUCAAUGCAGAUUGGAGGAGGCCGUAAAUUAGUGGCUGUGCCUUCCCCUUUACUUGACCAUUUUGCUGGUUUCUUUGCCAUAUUGCCACCUGAUAUUUCAGUUUUUUUGUCUAGUCUGAUUGAGGAUGCCGUCCAUGAAGGAAUUGAGCUAUUGAACCUUCAGCUUUAGAUUUUAUUCUUGUUUGACUGGUUGUCUGGACCGACUCUAGUAACUAUAAGUAGAUAGAUGAUAUAACUGUCAGCUAUGGCUGCAUGGUGAGAAAGAGGAGAUUGGUAGGAGGUUGGGGCUCAUGCAAUUUUGGAACUAGAUGCAAUACUGUUAACUUGUAUUGACUCCAUUCUCAAAUGUGUGUAGUCAUUUUUUUUAAACUUUGACAAACACAUGUGCAAAAAUACAUUAAAUUUUGUAACAUGGGAAAGAUAUUAAUAACUUUGUCAUGACUUGUAAUUUCAAUUGACUAUUUUCAAUAAAAUUCAACAAAAUUGCUUGGAAAAAGUAAUGGUCAAACACAGGGUUGGACACUGUGAUAUCUAAAAAAUUCAAUAAAAGAACCAUGGUUUUUAACGCGUCAACUAGGCAUCAGGGUGCUGAAAAAUCCUAGGUGCCGCCAUUGUCACAACAUAAACACAGCAAAGGAGAGAGGCUGAGGGAGGAGGGGAAAAUGGGAUUAGAAUCCUAGGUAUCGCCUCUGUUUUGCUAUUCUGAGUCUCAUACGGCAUCGCCUUGCCUCAUCUCUUAAGUGCCUAGGUGUCACCUAGGCAAUUGGAAGGGGUUGAUUCGCUAGCCUCGUCUUACCUACUGCCUUAAAAACUAUGAAAAGAACACAUGUAGCGGUUUGUAGAGAUUAGAAUAGUUUACCGCAUUUCCCAGUGCCAUCAGCUUGGUUUCAUUUAUUGUGUACUCAAUAGUCACUGUGUUAAGUACCUGUACUUUAGUCCGAGUGUUAGGCCCAAAUUACAAUGCAAGUUAUGCCAAUUCUCUAUUUGGCGUCCUUCUUUGAAGGAGAUCCGGAUCAAAUAGUCCAAUCUCCCAUACUCAUCUAUAUAAAUUUAAGCAUGAUCAAAGCAUUCUACAGUAGAAGUAUAUAUAUGCUUGAACCUUUUCUAAACGGUGUGUAAUGAAACUGUCGUAACAAAGCCAUUCAUUUUUUUUUUUGAAACUGUACAGCGGGGAGGCCCUUGCUGUGGUAAUUUAUGUUAAAAAAAGAGAAGAAACUGUACAGGACAACAGCAAAGGGUACCUAAGUACCCUAAAAGGAAAAACUUCAAAAAACAGCUAAACAAGCUAGGCUAAAUUAAAUCGACCCUAUUGCUUUCUUUAAUUCUGUGUGCUUGGAGUCUGGCCUCAUCCACAAAGUGUGAGACAAGGAAUUUAGGGAUGGACGUUUUCCUUCGAAAAUCAGUGCAUUCCUUUGCUUUCGAACGUGCCAAGCAGCUAAUAAAAAUCUCCAUGAAGAAAGGGUUAUGGGACAUGUCUUUUCAUUCUUCAACAUCCUAUAGAAUGAAAAGUUGAGGUGCCAUUGUAGGCCAAUUUUGUUCCAGCAGGCUGAAUUGAAGCUGCAGGUGAAGAAUAGGUGAUAGGCAGUUUCCUCCACAUUGUUGUUGCAUAUUAUACAGUUAUAGUUGCCACCAUUGAUCAUGAAGUUUUUCCAUUUUAGAAGGCUUCUUGUAUUCAGUCUAUCCAAGAGGAGCCAUGAAAAGACUCGGAGUUUGCUGCUGCACCUGGACUUAGAUCCAUAGGAAUGGAGAGUUCUUAAAUGGGAAAUUAUAGAAAUGCUUGGAGGAGUAGGUGCUAGAUCCCCAUAUAGUGCCAGAACCGAGGAAGGCACUUGGCCGUUGCUCAGUGUCAACGAGGAGUACCACCCAGGGUGCCCUGGCUGUGCUUACGACCCGCCUCAGGGGGAUGCCGUACAAGGAGUUCCUCUAUGUCUGGAUGAUUUCUCUCACGCCCGCUUUACCAAUAUCAUCAUUGUUCCCCUUCUUGUAUUUUAUGAUAAGAGACUUGAAUGUUGCUAAAAGAACAGAAGAUAUCGGCUUCUAUGCUGGUUUCCUAGGUGCUUCAUUUAUGUUUGCUAGAUGCUUGACUUCAACAGCUUGGGGAAUAGCGGCAGACCAUAUUGGGAGGAAACCAGUUGUUAUAUUCGGCAUUUUCUCCGUGGUUGUGUUCAAUACUUUGUUUGGGCUUAGUGUCAGCUAUUGGAUGGCAAUUGCUACACGAUUUUUGCUUGGUGCUUUAAAUGGCCUACUUGGACCAAUUAAGGCUUAUGCCAUUGAAGUUUGCCGACCGGAACAUGAAGCUCUAGCAUUAUCACUUGUCAACACGUCAUGGGGAAUAGGUCUCAUCAUUGGUCCUGCUCUAGGAGGCUACCUUGCACUGCCUGCAGAAAAUUUUCCAAAUGUCUUUUCACCUGACUCACUCUUUGGAAGGUUCCCAUACUUCUUACCAUGCUUAUGCACAUCAGUCUUUGCAGCUGCUGUUCUCAUAAGCUGCAUAUGGAUGCCGGAGACUUUGCACAAGCAUAAAGGUAGUGAAAAUGAAAACCAGAGCAUUGAAGCUUUGGAGGCUCAUCUGAUUGAUCCACAAGAAAAGGUUGAAGAAAGUGGAAGUUUGAAUACCAAGAAGAGCUUAUUCAAGAAUUGGCCAUUGAUGUCAUCAAUAAUUGUCUAUUGCAUCUUCUCCUUCCAUGACAUGGCUUACAUAGAGGUGUUCUCUCUAUGGGCUGAAAGUGACAAGAAGUAUGGUGGACUCAGCUUGUCGUCUGAGGAUGUAGGUCAAGUGCUUGCAGUUACAGGUGCCAGUCUUCUUGUAUAUCAACUGUUCCUGUACCCUCGUAUCAACAAAGUUCUUGGGCCUGUCAAUUCUUCUCGGAUUGCAGCUAUCCUGUGCAUCCCUAUCCUUUUUGCCUACCCCUAUAUGACAUACCUAUCAGAACCUGGAUUAUCAAUCGUUCUCAAUAUUGCAUCUGUGAUAAAAAAUAAUCUUUCUGCUACCAUCAUUACGGGCAAUUUCAUCCUUCAAAAUAAUGCUGUGCCUCAGGACCAAAGAGGAGCUGCAAAUGGAUUGUCCAUGACAGGAAUGUCGUUUUUCAAGGCAGUUGCUCCAGCAGGAGCAGGCAUUGUGUUCUCAUGGGCACAAAAACGGCAGCAUGGUUUUUUCUUUCCAGGUGAUCAGAUGGUGUUCUUUCUUCUGAAUGUGAUUGAGUUGCUCGGACUAAUCCUCACGUUCAAACCCUUUCUGGCUGUGCCAGAGCAAUAUAAUAGAAAUUAAAAACUCAGAUUAUGGAAGUUUAGUGAUGUUCAAAUAGAGUCUUCACCCGUGAGGUAAAGGGCAUAAUGCCCUUCCACCAGGAGGAACCUGAAAGAGGAAAAUGGAGAUUUUUGCUUUGUAACUGUUAGUGUUAUUAUGUAACUGCAACAUUUUAGUAGAGGAAAUGUAUAGUUGGUAAAUGGUGGCCAAUCGAUUGCUUGCUUUUGAUUAGGCAGGCAUUAUUUGUGCCGAGUUGCUGCACAGUAAGUAGCAAUAAUGUAAGGUACAGCAACUCCGAAUUAUUUGUUGGAAAUGAAAUUAGUAGACAAUUC